CCACCCCGGCUUAAGAACAGGGAUCGGGAGGUUCUCCAAACUUGGCGCAAAGAGACGCUUUCCUGGAUUUGAUUGUUUCCUGAGCGUUCGCACGACCAGAAUCUCUCCGCCAUGAGCCGCCGGGUGGUGCGUCAAAGCAAGUUCCGGCACGUCUUUGGGCAGCCGGUCAAGGCGGACCAGAUGUACGAGGACAUCCGGGUCUCCAAGGUGACGUGGGACAGCUCCUUCUGCGCUGUCAACCCCAAGUUCAUCGCCAUCAUUGUGGAGUCGGGAGGCGGAGGCGCCUUCAUGGUGCUGCCUCUAUCCAAGACCGGUCGUGUGGACAAAAACAUCCCCUUGGUAACCGGGCAUACGGCCCCUGUGCUGGACAUUGACUGGUGCCCCCACAAUGACAACGUCCUCGCCAGUGCCUCCGAGGACACGACAGUCAUGGUUUGGCAAAUCCCAGACUAUACCCCCUUCCGGAAUAUGACAGAGCCAAUCGUCACCCUGGAAGGGCACUCAAAACGUGUGGGCAUUUUGACCUGGCAUCCGACUGCUCGUAACGUCCUUCUCAGCGCAGGGGGGGACAACAUGAUCAUCCUGUGGAACGUGGGCACCGGGGAGGCGCUCCUGACCCUGGACGAUUUGCACUCGGACCUCAUCUACAACGUCUGCUGGAACCACAACGGCAGCCUCUUCGUCACCACCUGCAAGGACAAGCGCCUGCGUGUCAUCGACCCCCGUCAGCACCUGGUUGUGGCAGAGAGGUUUGCACCCCACGAAGGAAUGAGGCCCAUGCGGGCCGUCUUCACCCGCGACGGACUCAUCUUCACCACGGGUUUUACGCGCAUGAGCCAGCGGGAGCUGGGCUUGUGGGAUCCGAAGAAUUUUGAGGAGCCCGUUGCCCUGCAGGAGAUGGACACCAGCAAUGGGGUGCUCCUGCCCUUCUACGACCCCGAUUCCAGCAUAGUCUACCUGUGCGGCAAGGGGGACAGCAGCAUCCGCUACUUUGAGAUUACAGACGAGGCCCCCUACGUCCACUACCUGAGCACCUACAGCAGCAAGGAACCCCAACGCGGCAUGGGUUUCAUGCCCAAGAGAGGGCUGGAUGUCAGCAAAUGCGAAAUCGCCAGAUUUUACAAGCUGCACGAACGCAAAUGCGAGCCCAUUGUCAUGACCGUUCCGCGAAAGUCUGACCUCUUCCAAGACGACUUGUAUCCUGACACGCCGGGCCCUGAGCCAGCGCUAGAGGCCGACGAAUGGUUGUCUGGGAAGGACGCGGACCCCAUCCUGGUUUCGCUGCGGGACGGCUACGUGCCGGUCAAGAACCGCGAGCUCAAGGUCACCAAGAAGAAUAUCCUAGACAGCAAACCCCCAACAGGGCCACGGCGCAGCCAAUCCAGUUGCGACUCUAAUUUUUCUCGUACGGCCCUGGAGGAACUCUUGGAGGAGAUCCGGUCCCUGCGGCAAACUGUCCAAGCCCACGAGAAGCGCAUCUCCGACCUGGAAAACACCCUCUGCGAGUUCGCCAAUGGGACAGACUAGCAUUGGACUGGACGCCCUCCUCCGGGGACCUGGCCUGGGCCUGGG